AUGGUUGCCGUGGCCGAGCAAGGGGACGGGCACCUGAUCCACUACAAGAAGGUGGAGUUGGUGGCGCUGCAAGUUCUUCAGCUGCUCAAGGCCUCGGAAAGGUUGAGGAAUAGCCUCCUCCACGACUCCAACGCCGAUGAGGACACGCCCGGCUACACCAUUUUCCACGCAGUGGUGGAAUUCCUGAAGUCCUUCUGCGAGUCCGAGCCCCACUACCGAGCCCUCUUCGUCAAAAAAGAAGUCUUCGAGUUUUUGGUGUCUUGCAUUGCGCUGGCCGAAGAAGUCCCGGUCUCGCAGAUGCUUGUGUCAGUGUUCGCCAACAAUGACAUGAGAGUGAACAUGCAGUUUGUGGACCAGCUCAUCAAGGCUGUGGACGAGAACUUCUCCAAAAACAAGCAGUCCUCCCUCAACGCACUGCUCGUGCUGAAAAGCAUCGUCACCACCUUCGCACCCCGGCCGCAACCAAACCACUUGCUAAUUCGUUGCAACCAAAAACAUAAAUACGGCUGCCCCACUGUUGAUAGGUGCAAUUCCCACCAGGAGACAAACCAUGUGCAGGUCCUAGUUGCUCGGGGGGAAGCGGCUCCUGAAGCAGCCCUGGCUAUAUAG